AUGUCUCAGUACGAGCCGUGGUAUUUGCGCAGGCGAUGUCCAGUAUUUUGCUAUCCUUGUGUGCCCAUUUAUGUUGGCAUUUGGCCAGCGCGGAGAUGUGUCGUGAUUCUGGGUGCUGUUUUAUUUGCCAUUGGUGUGAUGAUUCUACUUGGAUUGUUGCUUACUUGCAUCGCCGUUGAAUGCUAUGCUAUCGCAGGUGCAUUAAUGCCGUUAGCGCUGAUAUUAAUUAUUGUCGGCAUAUUAAUAUUACAUUGUGGAUGGGCUGCUCAUCUUCUCGAUGAAGGAGGUGCUGUAGAAAUUCCAUCGAAGGUGACCACAGUACAGGAAGAUGAAAGCUUAAAUCGGGAUGAGCUAGCACUGUUCGAGAGUGCUUACAAGGAACCAAUGCCUGAGAUCAGGCAAGGUUACUGGCAGUUCGAAGAUAAUUUGGCUUGGCAAACAGUUGCUAAUCCUUAUCCAAUACAACAUACUCUGAAAAAUACAGUGAACCGUUUGGAAUAUUGA